AUAUUUGAAAUUCAAUAUGUCGUCGACUUUAAGUAAAAUUAUUGAUAAAAACAAACAACAAAUACUGUAAUGAAGUUAUUAUCGUUGGGUAAACUGUUGUAUAUUUUAUCACUGAUUUUAUUAGUAUUGUUGUUGUCAUGUAUUUGGACGGCACAUGUAGUCCUAAGUGAUGAUAGUCCUGGUAGUGGUGGUGCUGCUGAUGGUGAAACAACAACUACAGGUGCUGAUGCAGCUACUGGUGCUCCAACUACUACUACUACUGGUGCUACCACUAGUGAUAAUGGUAUUGGCGGUGUUUUAGCUGGCACAUUUAAAAAACUACCAUUCAAACUACCAUUUUUAAAUAAAAACGGUAGUGUCCAGGCACAGGAGGCUAUCAAAUCGGGUAACAAAAAUGCCAAACAUUAUAAACAAUAUAACGAUGAAGUGGAUAAGCUAUACACUGAUAUGUUUAAAGAUAAUAAUAAUACUAAUAAUAAUAAUAAUAAUAAUAAUAAUAGUAUUGGGCACCUGGCUACUAUUGGUAAAAAGGGUAGCAAAAAAAAGUCUAACCUAUGGAGUAAUGUACCAUUAUUGAGAAACAUUUUAGGCGAAACUUGCUACGAUAAUAUCGGGUGUUUUAGUGCACUUGAAUACCAGGACUUUAGCAAACGUCCCAUCCCGUUGCUACCCAUGUCGCCCGAUGCUAUCAAUCCUACAUUUCAUUUAUAUACAGUGGACAGUAUGCUUGUGGCCGAAAAUUUUAGCUACAAUUCCACCGAUGAUCAGCUGAAAAAAUCCGGUUUCAAACCCCAAUUGAAAACCAUAUUUAUUACACACGGGUUUCGCUGUGAAUUUGAACCCUGGAUGAUAGAACUUAGAGACUUUAUAUUUAAAUCGACUAACGAGUACAAUGUUAUUGUUGUCGUAUGGAAAAAUGGUGCCAUGGUACCGCUGUACCAUUUGGCCGCCACAAACACGCGUGUAGUCGGCGCCAUGAUUGCCUAUUUUGCCAAAUCGUUGGCCCGUACUUUUGACUUCCCGCACGACCGCUAUUGGCUUAUUGGUCACAGUCUCGGAGGUCAAACAGUAGGCUAUGCUGGGAAACUUAUACGCAAUCCUCCUGUUUCACGUAUAACAGGAUUGGAUCCUGCGGGUCCCGGGUUUCAUUACGAUGAUAUUAAUAUGCAUUUGGAUAGAUCUGAUGGCCAGUUUGUCGACGUCAUACAUACGGACAGUGCCUAUGCCUUCAACGAAGGUAUGGGUACCGAAAAAAAGCGCGGUUUCUAUGAUUUCUAUCCUAAUGGAGGAUUAAUGCAACCUGGAUGCUCCCUAUCACGUGGUAUAUUGCAUAUAAUAAACUCGAUAAAAACUGGCCAGGAGCUAUCAUGUUCCCAUACCAGGGGUACUAUCUUACCGUAUAGUAUAGGUAAUAAAGAUACCUAUUGUCAACCGAUUGCCUACGAUUGUGAAAAUUAUGAACUAUUUAUUGAGGGCCGAUGCAACCAGUGCCGGAACGGCAUGUGCCAGCCCAUGGGCUUGAAUUUUGAUUACUAUAAAAAUUUUACACCACCACCCGAAUCGGCUGACUAUAAAUUUUGGAUUCAAACCAAUUAUAAAUCUGAAUUUUGCGUUUAUCAUUAUCAAAUUGCUAUGCAUAUAGCAGAGGAUUCAAAUACAAUUAGAGGUUUUCUUGAAUUCAAUCUGAAAACUAAAGAUAAAAAUGAAUAUAAAUUUAUUAGACAUAUUAGCCGAUCAGCAAUCGGUGAAGUGUUAACCUUAUUGAUAACAUUUCAAUUUAAACUGGACCUCGAAUACUUGACCCUAACCUGGCAUCCCCUACAAAACGAUACAAAUUUAUUUAAAAAAAUGCGUAUAAUGGUCAUUGAAGUUAACUAUAUGAGCCAUAUUGUUGAAUCCGAAAGAUUGAAAAACUCGUACAAACUGUGUCCCCGAUCGGUGGGACCCAAGGAUUUAACAUUGAAAACACCGCUAACACUAGAGCCGUGCAAAUCGGUGCCGUAUGUCGACCACUGGGCCAGUGAACAGAAACCGGAAUUGUUAACAUCGCUAACCGAUAGCCAUAUGAUUAAGUAUACAGACUACGAGUGUACAAACAAACCGGAACCGCGACUAACCGAUCGGCCAAAAGUGUCCAAUAAAUUUUUGUUUGGCCUCAAAGGUACCGAUCCGGACACUAAUAAUUUAGCCGAUUUUUCAUAGGUUAUAAUUAAUUAAUUAAUUAAUUAAUUAAUAA